AGCGAUCAUCAUUCUAAGAGCGGUCUCCUGGGGCGCGGUCCAAGUAGACACUUGCCGUUUUCGGCCGCAUAAGUAACACACACCGCCUGGGCCACGCUAUUUUGACUGUCUAUCGCUGUAGUAUUCAUUGCUUUUGCUUUUGGUCAACGUAGUUGCUGUGAUCAAGAUGGCUCCGUCCUGCUGGUUUUUUCCGUUUUUUCACUUCUCCUCAGCCACGAGGCCGUUCUCUCUUUUACGUGCUCUUUGCAUCCACUUCGUUCUCGUUCUUGCCACGCCAGCACAGCAAGCCACAGCGGCCCCUAGUACUACAACUGCCACGACUUCCGCCUGUCGGACUCCACUCCGGGAUGGCGUCACGGAGCAAAUUUUGAUUACCGGGGGCACGGGCAUGAUCGGGAGUCAGUUGGUGAAGCACGCCGUAGACAACUGCGAAUUUGGGUCUGCGAAAAAUGUUAUUGUGCUGGCUCGGUGGCGUUCCAACUUGCGGAACCUGAAGGGCUACGUCCACCGCAUACAGCUGGAGUACGGGGACGUGACGGAUUCUUUUUUUGUGACCAACCUGCUGAUAUGCAUUGCAAAGUAUCGUAUUAGUACAAAUUGCAUUACAAAUUUUAUCAGAAAGAAAAUUGAAAUUUGUAAUGCCAAUUCAGGUAAAAAGGUAGGGUUGUCAUGCAAGAUUGCAAUCAGUUUGUUCAGUAGAAGUGCGAUACACGUUUGCACAGGAUAGCCGAAAAAGUUGAAGCCCGACUACGUGUUCCACUUCGCAGCGCAGGCCAUCAACGGCGUCUCCUUUGGGUCCGCCUCCUUGUCUAUGCAUUACAAAAGUAUCGUACUAGUAUGAACUGCAAUACAAAUUUCCUCAGAAAGAGAAUAUAGAAUUUGUAAUGCGGAUUUAACUUGAGAAAGAAAUUUGUAAUGUAUGAAUGGGAUUACUACGAGUACGAAUACGAUACAACUUUUGCACAGGAUAUUGUCUUUGAAUGUGAACAUCAUCGGCACCCUGAAUGUGCUGGAAGCCGUGCGGGUGCUGCAGAACAGCGGCGACGUGUCGAAGGAGAUGCGAAUUCUGGUCGCGGGAUCCUCCGCGGAAUACGGCGCUGCAGCGAUCGAUUGGGAGGGAACGCCUAUACCAGAAACCGCGCACCUGAAACCCUUCACGCCAUAUGGGGUAUUUAGGGCAUUUUUGUCUUUUGUCGAUUUGUGUUUCUGCAAGAGGAACGUGCUUGGGUGCUUUACAGGAUUGCUUCCGACGUACUGUUGUUGUGCACGGUACGUGCUACUGCAAAUUAAGUUGGUGAUAUUGAAGAUGUUGAUUGCUGAUUCAAUCCAUCUCAGGUUUCCAAGGUUGCGCAAGAAAAUCUGGCCAUGAUGUACUAUGUUAGUGAAUAAGUCUUGGAGGACGUCCUGCUUUUUUUCAGCACUCAAAAUUCGGGGUGAUGAACAACUCGUAUUGUUCUCUGCCCUCUUGUAUGACACUGACUGUCUUCUAUGGGGUCGUGGUGGCUUUGUAUGUGCAAGCAUUAAGAUGUAAAAUUUGUUCCUGAUGAUCAUCGUCAUAGAAGAUACAACGUGCAAAAACGCUUAGUUGUUCUCAAGACUGUUUCGCCACCAUACGCGCGCUACAACCUACAAUCUGAAGACGAUCGUGGCCCGGAUCUUUAUCCAGAUGGCCGAGGGCGGCACCGACCAGCUGAGCCUGCAAAAUUUCGCGAAGCAGAUUGCCGAGCUGGAGUCUCAGGCAGAGCGGGAGCGCGAGGAUUUGGAGCAUGCCUGCAAAAUUAAGAAAACGAACAGCAACCAAACCUGCAGCGCAACUUCUAUUCACCCUGAAGCGACAGGAAGAUCUUCAUCCAGCAGUAAUUCAAAUUACACGCUCUACCACGGGGAUCUUUCCACCUCGCGCGACGUCACGGAUGUGGCGGAUUCCGCCCCGGUGUUUCUGAAGUUGUGCCGGAUAGGGAAACCCGGUGAGGCGUAUAACGUCGGGUCGGGCAUUGGGUACACGAUCAAGGACAUGCUGCAACUGCUGACAAAAGAAGCCAAGAUUCCGAUAAAUCUGGAGUUCGACAGGAGCAGGCUGCGGUAUGAGGGUGCACAACCCCCCGUCCCCCUCAUUUGUAUUGCAUGAACAGCAAUACAAACACCAGCACAUCACAUGGAGCCUGCGCAUGGCAAAUCAAUGCGCCUAGUAUGUUGCUGUUUGAGCUUCCGGCUUCUCUCAUGCAAACAGUGCCACAGGGAAGCACUUGGGUUUAGGGUUUUGCAUGACAAACAAGGCCCACCCGAGCGUGGGGACAGGGUCCCCACGCUGGGGCCUUGUGCUCGUCCCUAGUGGCGCUAGUGGGGGAAGGGUGUUCGGCAUCGGGGCGGACAGCGUCCGCCCCUCGCCUCACACCAGGCGCGCGCGUAGUGGCUUAGUGCGCGAAACGCUAGUGGGGGAAGGGUGUUCGGCAUCGGGGCGGACAGCGUCCGCCCCUCGCCUCACACCAGGCGCGCGCGUAUUGGCUCAGUGCGCGAAGCGCUAGUGGAAAAAGGGCGAAUUAGGCGCCCUGCAUUUUGCAAGAAAAAACAAAAAUAGAAGCAGAGUAGACAUCUCUGUGUGGCUGCUGCAAAAAAGUUCUCUAACAUUGAAGCGCAACGCCUUUCCGAUUCCACAGAGCAAAGUAAGCAGCUGUCUCCUGGCCGUGCAUUGCAGAGGAAGCCGCUUUUUAAGAUUUUUGCAUGGCAACGCAAAGACUUCUUUUUUUAUGGAGGCAGGUUGUGUUUUUUUUCAUUUUGUGCGUUGCGUUUUUUUUUUGGCGCUUUUAAUUUAUUUUUCAUUUUCCCCCGUCGGCAUUUGGCGUGUAAAAUAUAUAAAUAUUUGCGCUCAGGCGCUGGUCUCGCCUUUGCUUUACCCUCUCGCCUCGCCUGUCGCGGCCACCUGUCCAGGUCACCUGUCAAGGUCACCUGUCAAGCUCACCUGUCAAGGUCGCCUGUCAAGGUCGCCUGUCAAUGUCACCUGUCAAUGUCACCUGUCAAGGUCACCUGUCGAGGUCACCUGUCCAGGUCACCUGUCGCGGUCACCUGUCAAGGUCACCUGUCGCCGGGGGGUAGGCGGGACCAGAACCCGGAAGUCAAGCAAUGUAAAUAUUAAUGGGGGGGAGGGGGAGUUGUGCACUCUCAUAUGCGCUCGGCCGACGAGAAAACGCUGUUGGCGGACAACUCGAAAUUGCGAAAGCUGACCGGAUGGGUGCCGAAUCCAAAUAUCACGGUGACGGCAAACAACAUACUACAACACUGGAGGGAAGAGGUAGCCAUGAGAAAUGGGCAGUAGUAGUUGCAAACAUGGACAGGAGUAGGAGGAGGGGGACGAGUUUGAGCUGCCACGAGGACCAACUCCAACUCGAAACCCUUGUCAACCCUAAGAAACCUUUGUCACAGCUCCAGGUUCAGGUGCUACUAGUCGUGCAAAUCAACAUGGGACGCAAAUGCAUAGCCGUAAAAAAAACGUCUUCGGGACGAUGAACGGAU